AUGCUCCGGAACUGGGGUUACAAAUCUGUGUUUAUCCUGGGUUUAUCUCUCUAUGGGAUUGGGGCCCUCUGUAUGUGGCCAGCUGGGUUACAUCAAUCAUUUGGCGGAUUCUGCGGCGCAACAUUUGUCAUUGGCUCCGGGCUGGGAUCUCUCGAAACUGCCGCAAACCCGUAUCUUUCGGUUUGCGGUCCACCAAAAUAUGCCGAAAUCCGAAUCAACUUUGCUCAGGCUUUCAACGCCAUUGGCACAGUUGUAGGACCUGUACUUGGCUCGUAUGUGUUUUUCACUACAACAGCUGAUAAUGUCAAUGCGCUGCAAAGAGUUCAAUGGGUUUAUCUUGCUAUUGCAGUAUUCGUCUUUUGCCUUGCAGCUGUUUUCUAUAUAUCCGAUAUCCCGGAAGUGACGGAUGCAGAUAUGGAAUAUCAGGUUGCUUUGACCCACGUUGAAGAUAACAAUGACUCUUUCUGGAAGAAAUAUCAGUUGUUCCAUGCCGCAUUCGCCCAAUUUCUAUACGUGGGCUCGCAAGUGGCAAUUGCUUCAUAUUUCAUCAACUAUAGCGUGGAAACACGGGAGAAUACUUCUAGUGCCCUGGGAGCGAAAUUUCUCGCUGGUGCUCAGGGGGCCUUUACAGUUGGCCGAUUUUCGGGGGCCUUGCUGAUGAAGUUUAUCCGGGCUAGGUGGAUUUUCCUUGUAUAUCUCGCUGGAGUUUUUAUCUUCCUAGCUGCAUCCACUACACAGAGGGGUAAUACAGGUGUUGUAGCUAUGCUUUUCAUGGUUCUAUUUUUCGAAUCAGUUUGCUUCCCAACCAUAGUCGCGCUUGGAAUCCGGGGCCUAGGAAAACAUUACAAGCGUGGAUCCGGGUUCAUUGUUGCUGGUGUUUCAGGCGGAGCCGCCGUUCCUCCACUGUUAGGCUAUGUUGCUGAUUUGCACGACUCUACUGGCUUCGCGAUGAUUGUACCAACGAUUCUUAUGGCGGUAGCAUGGACAUAUGCUAUUUGUGUCAACUUUGUACCCUCGUAUCGCGACCCGGCUGAUAAAAUUGGAGAUAGUGACAUUGGUAUCACGGACGCUAGGGAGGAUGAAGAACAAAAGGGGUCAGCCGAGGUUGCUGUUGACACCGCCGGAGUAAAGGAAAGUAGAUAA